AUGCAGACUUUGUAAUCCAUAAUCUAACAAAGAGUUUUGCAAUAAAUAAACAAGCAAAAAACAGAACCAUUGGAAUCCCUCUAUAUUACUUAUUCUUCAGCCACCAAGAUUAAGUUGGCUUUAGAGGAUGCAGCUUAAGUUAGAAAAGGCAUUCAAAGUGUUCAUCUGCAGAAAUAGCAAUCGGAAGCAUUGAUUUCAAACAGCAAAGAGCCUGUUCUGAAUGUUGAUAACAAUAAUGCUGCGAAUUAACUUAAGAAUGAGGAACAUAAAUAGAGUCCUUAGAAAGGAAGAUUCUUAGUAAGAAAUGAAUAUGGCAACAAAAUGCAAUCUGAGAAUAAAAUUAGCCAUUCAUCAGUUGCUCCCAAUAAAUACCAUAAAAAUUAGUCAUCCUUUGGGGAGGGAGGGAAAAAGAUUAGAGCCGAGGAUAUCUGGAAAAGGAGAAAGGAUUAUGAUCAGAAAGUCAGGCAAUUCCAUUUACCAAAAAUAAAAGAAUAUAAUAGAUUUCAAAACAAUAGUUUAUAAAAAUAACAAUCUGGAUAGUAAACAGCAGAAAUUCAAUUCUCAGAUGUCUUCAAAGAUGAUCUUGACGAUGAUUUGUUGUAGGAAUAUAAUGAGAAAUAUUAUAAAAAAUAACUCUUUCUUUGGAACAAAAAAUAGAAAUAAUUUGAUAUGGCUAACGAUGAUUUAUUUGAUUGA